CAACGCCGGUCUUGAGUAUCCCGUAGCAUCACUAUCCUAAUCUUACCCUCUAAACUUCAACUUAUAGUAUAUAUAUACAUGAUUUUGUACCCCCUAACUGCCAUAUUUAUUAUCUACUGUUAUGUAUAUACUUUGUGGUAGCGUGUGACAGGUGACGAAGUGCAAAAUAGAAAAAAAUGUCGCAUAGAAAAAGUCAAACGAGAAUCAAAAAGCUGAAAAACAAGGAGAAGAAAAACAAUGAGGAGAACAAUCAAUAUUUUGAGGACAUAAAAGCAGAUGAGAGUUUUACAAAGGACUUUGAAUUUUUAGUAAAUGCUCCAAUUUCUGAAGAUAAUUUCUUUGUUUCGAAGGCAGAAAAAAGCUGGAAUGUUGUUGAUGUUUCUAAAUACUCUGAAUAUUUCAUGCUUGAUCUGACAACAUUAUCAGCAGUAAUUGAAUCAAUUCCAUUUAAUUCAAAUGUUAAUAUCAACUCUAAAUAUUUCACUUAUGAUCAGAUGACAAGUAUUUGUAACAAAGCAGAGGAUGGUAAAGCAAAGUAUAAUCAAAUUUUAAACAAAUUAGAAGAGCAGGUUUCCAACGAUAUAAAAAGUGUAGAAGGAAGUCAAGAUUUAGUAGAAGACACAACUGAAGAUUUAGAUUUUUUGCUAUCACUUGAAGAACCAGUGAAUGACCUUUUAACUAUUGUGAAAUCUUAACCUCUAUCUUGUAAUAAUGAUACAAAAGUAACACCUAAAUCUAGUACAUCUGUGAAAUCUAUGGAUCUGGAGAAGUGGGGUUGGAUGAUUUUUUAGAUGAUUAAAUUUAUUAUUAUUAUUCCUGUAGUUCAUUAAUAUUCAAAUUAUUAAAUUCUUAUGGUUAAAUAUCCCAUGAGAGGAUAAAACUAUUGACAGAAA